CACCCUCUACAGGUACACUGUCCCAGGCCAACCCCCUCCUGGCCUCCCUAUCCCUCCCGGGACGGCCCCUUCAGACCCAGCUGGACAUCAAGCACUUCCUGCCGCUCCACGUCAACGCCUCCUCCCCCCUCAACCUCUUCCCCAACUUCAACAUGAUGGACCCGGUUCAGAAGGCGGUUAUCAACCACACGUUCGGUGUUGCACCGCCUAAGAGGAAACAGAUCAUCUCCUGCAACAUCUGUCACCUCCGCUUCAACUCCACCAACCAGGCUGAGGCUCACUACAAGGGCCACAAACACGCACGCAAGCUGAAAUCCAUGGACGCCCAGAGAAACCGUCAAAGGGGCCAGGGCUCCAUGGCAGGGAGGGAGAGAGACAGAGACAGGGGGAAGACUGGAGUGGCAAAGUCCCUACCAGCACUGAUGGACCCCAGCCUCACAGAAGGAACAGGCCUGCUCUCGUCUCACCAGCCCCCCACCAGACUGAAGCUGGAUGACACCCUCCAGGGGGUCUCCCCCACCCCUAUGCCUGUCUCGGAGACCUCUUCCCUGGAUGCCUUGGCCCUCCUCUCCCCCCACGUGUCCCCUGCUGUCUACCAGCUCUCGGAGCUCACGUCAAAUGGUAGCCCUAUGGAGGGCCCCAGCCCAACCCCAGACUCCAACCCGUCACUGGAGGGCCAGGGGGAGUCCCCAGGGGCACCAGGAGGGGAAGAGGAGACCAGGCAGGGCAAAAAGAGCCCCCCUGCCAAGCAGCACCUUCACUGUCCCAUGUGCAAAAUCACAGUCAACUCCUCAUCCCAGCUAGAAGCCCACUAUAGCGGCUCCAAACACAAGCAGAUGCUGGAGGGCCAGGUGGGUGCUCAGGCGCGACGCCGAGGCAAGGUAAUGUCAUUGCCUAGGCCGACAUGCAGGAGCAAGCAGGCAAUAAGCAGCAAGGCCAGGGUGGGCGUGGCCCUGGCUAGCCAACCGUUCCACUGCGAGAUGUGCAAGGUGUCCGUCAACUCGGAGACGCAGCUCAAACAGCACAUGAGCAGCAGAAGACACAAAGACCGGUUGUCAGGAAAGCCCCAGAAACCGAAGUUCAGCCCUUAUACUAAGAGCCAGCCAAACCCUGUUUUAGCGAGCGUGAGAUGGAGUGGUUUCCCGUUUGGGGGGGUGACCUCGGCCAUAGGGAAACUGGCCAGCCACUGCCACCUCAGCACUUACAACCCUCAGACCAAACUGGCCCUGCAGAAGCAGCUGUCCAAGGCCCUGUCGGCAGGUUUCCUGGCCAGCCACAUGAACCCGGCCACCCUUUGCACCAUGGCCUCCAAUCCUCUGACCCUGCGGUGCCCCCCGGGGCCAGGCCAUACACCCCUCAUCCAGACCCCCCUGCUCAGCCCCGCGCUCUUCAGGCCCGCUCCGGGGCCCCUGAGGGCCACUCACACGCCCAUCAUCUUCUCGCCAUACUAGCCGAGUUUGGACUAGCCUGGAUCAAAUUGGCAUACAUUUACAUUUUAGUAGAGCAGACGAUCUAGCCCAGCCUUUCUAGAUGAAAAAUAAGGACCUAAGUGGAGCUACUCUGAGGCCCUGUCCAGAAACAACCCUUUACCCUCCCACCUUGGCAGUUGUGUACAGUACAGUAUAUAAUUUUAUGCUCUAUACAAUGAUUAGAUAGGUACUGUAUGUAAGCAAUAUGGUUGGAGCUCCACUUUGGCUUCUAAUAGGCUAAUUUGAAUGUUCACCCUAUCGCUGAAACCCAUCAAAUCCUUUCAGAUCUUCACAAGUGCACAGAGGUUCGGGGUUGAUUUUGCACAGUGCCUAAAACGUUUCUAUGCAGCCAAUGAGAGCAGAGCAGCGUGCCACCAAGUCCAACAUGCAAAACCGCUUACUGACUACGGUGCUACACACUGGAGAACCAGAGAUGGCCAUGGCGUUUCAGCCACAAAAUUGUUGCCCCUCUCUCCCGUUGGCUCUCUGACGACUGUCGACUGCAUGCUCCAACGUGGUCUGGAGGACCCUCUUUGAAGCCAUAGCGAUGAACGAUCAAGUUGUAUUUGUUUUGUGCUAUUUAUUAGAUGACGAUAGAGAAGUUGGCCUAUAUUUAUGUCACGUAUAGUGUCUGUUGCCGAUGUCCCCUCGCUUUAGGAUUUUCCAAAAGUUUCACUCUGGGAGUAGGCCUACACUGUCAGAUUUCCCUUGUCCAGUAUUAGUCCAGCACCUUUUUGUCAAGGAUACUGUUUUAUUUGUGUUGUGCUUUCAGCUAAGUUACUUUUCAACUAACACUUUCAUUGAAACCCGGUAUUAAAUCCCAAAAGAGCAAACCUAGCUAGGUAGAGCCUCCACUGGCCGGCAAUGUAUCAGUCUCUCUCUCUCUCUCUGUCUCUCUGUCUGUCUGUACUUCUGUUUUCUAAAGCCUUGUUGAUGUUGGCCAACCUAAAUAAACAGGUUUGGUUUGCUAGGUUGCAGCCGGUAUCCACCGCAUUCACGGUAAAAUGCUGCAUACUGUAUGUCGGCUCAAACGGAAAGGACUUUCAAAUGUCAAUUCGCUAUAACGUGGAUCUACCUAAACAGUUUGAAUCCUGGCUUUGGUCUGGGAACAUGAUGCAUGAUGCCAAUGUGAGACCCCGAGUCCCAGCAACCACAGACCCAUCAGACAACACAUUAUUAGUAAUUCUGUGUGGCUCAGGCAACGGCAUGGUUAUGUGUUCAAUUCUUGCAGGGAACACAUACACGUACUAAAGAAUGUAUGCACUCACUAUACUUCAAGUCGCUCUGGAUAAAUGAUGUAUACCUUGCUCUCAGCAUUUGACAGAGAAAGAUACAUAAAAUGUAGCUGGUCCCAGAUCUCUAUAUGCUUUCAAGAUAUUCAGAGGAGCUGGCUCAAGCAGAUCUGAAGUCAGGUUAACAUUGAUGGGUAUAAGAAGGUAUCGAUGAGGGAAGGGUCACGCUCUCUCAUGCUCUUUAUUUUCCCUCUUUCUCCCUUUCUUCCCUGUGUAAAAAGCAGUAUUAGUAGAGCCGCAAUCAGCCCCCCACUCAAACCUGAUGGAGAAUAUUUUACUUCAGGGAAACAGGACUAAAGAGACAGAGAGAAGGGGGAGGGAGAGAGAGAGUGAGAGAGGCCUGCGUUCAAAACAUCCAUAAUCUGGGGCUUAUUCAGGAGGGUGCAACGUCACAGAACAUUUAUCAUUUAGCAUAGAAGUACAGUACCAGUCAAACGUUUGGACACACCUACUCAUUCAAUGGUUUUUCUUUAUUUUUUACUAUUUUCUACAUUGUAGAAUAAUAGUG